AUGUUCCUUGGAAUUCCAUUGGAAACCACUCAAGAUGCUCAGGCCGCUCAAAUAGCUCAAACCGCUCAAGUUCAAACAUCUGAAAAGGCUAAGCCAGCGUACGAUGUGACAAGUUUCUUCUCAUCACGCAUAGUAGGUGGAGUGGACGCUCCGAAAGGCUUCGCUCCAUACAUGGUGGCUCUCAUCACAGGCGACGUGAUAAAGUUUUUUGUUUGCGGCGGUUCCAUCAUCAGUAAGCAUCAUGUACUGACUGCAGCUCACUGCAUUGAACCUUUUGUACACUGGGGUGAACUUUCUGAGAGUUUCACCGGGUUAGCAGGCUCGAACUACUGGAACGCGACUUACGUCGUGAUAAAGUUCUGCGGCUACAGGAACCAUCCAGACUGGGACUGGGCGACCAUCAAGAACGACAUCGGCAUUCUGAUCACCGCAGUGGAAAUAUCGUUCACCGUCAGGGUUCGUCCGAUCACCUUGAACUUCGACUGGGUGGGUGGCGGGGAAAAAGGAUACGUCGCUGGCUGGGGACGUCUAGGGGCUUGGGAAAAUAUACCUUAUUGGCUCCAGCUUCUGCUCGUCAAAAUUCUGUCCCCCAAAGAGUGCCACGAGCGCAUGCUACAAGCUGCGGGAGCCGGGGUCAUUGCUCCUCCCGUGGACCCCAAGAUCGAGAUGUGCACAUUCGCUGGACUGGGAUCCGGCAUGUGCAAUGGUGACUCUGGCAGCGCUCUGGUGAAAAUAUUAAGACAACAGCAUGGGCAUGUCAUAUAUGAAGAGCAUGUGCAAGUCGGCAUCGUGUCCUGGGGCAUCCCCUGCGCUAGGGGAGUCCCUGACGUGUUCGUUCGGGUCAGCGGCUACAAGAGCUUUGUAACAGAGACCCUUCGGACGCACAAUACUUGUAAACGAUGAUUUAUUAUUUUUUAAGUUAUAGAAUAAAGUUACGU